AGUAAGGUUAUAGAUAACAAAUUCUAAAGAAAAUGAACUCGAAUUGUUAUAUUUGAAAAAUAAUACCCGAUACACAAAAUAGGCGAAAAUGGAUGUUUAGUUAGGUUAGACGGUGGCGAGUGAGGUGACGACUAAAGAAAGUCGUAUAGGGCUCACAACUAUCUAUCUAGUAGUUUGUCUUGUGAAAAACGGUUCAAAUUUCGACUUGGUCAACCAAGUCUAAAUCAAGUUUUAUUUUUUAACCGGGUAAUUACGAAAGUAUUUUAUAAACACCGCAUAAAUACACGGGGAGAAGUGUUUAGUAGAGACUACAGUAGAGUCUUUCUUUUUCGUUCUGUAACUUUGACUUCCCUUCAUUUCUCCUCCGACAGCAGGGAAGUGUUCUCCCACUCUGUCACUCAACUGUAUGUGUGCAAAAGUAAAGCGCGGUUCUGCGUAUAGGCGUUGCGCAUAAACUGAGUAUUCUAACCCUAAAUUUGUAGUAUUCUUAAAUAUUUAUAAAAAAUGAAUGUUAGGAAUGGCCCUGGGUUCAUAUUUUUGGGCAUGUAUGGCUGAAACUAAAGGUCGGAAAAUAAGUUUAAUUUAUGGUUUGCUUUUGGAUGGAUGCUCAAAUGCUCUAGCUUCUGUUAUAUCAAAUUACUAUGGAUUCGUAAUUUGUAAAUUUUUCAAUGGAGUCGGUCAAAGCGCGCAAUUUGCAGUAAUCUUUACUUAUCUUGGAGAAUUUCAACCUGAUGAUUAUAGAGACAGGAUGCUUAGUUGGAUAGAAUUCCCGUAUAUUUUGGGGACUAUUUUGAAUACAGGGAUCAGCUGGAUUAUUAUUCCAUUGAAUUUCAGUUAUACAAGUGAAACUACAUAUUUUUUUUUUAACCCCUGGAACUUGUAUAUUUUAAUAUGUGGACUAGUAGCAUUUGUUGCCGCAUUUUGUUUGACUUUUCUACCAGAAACUCCUAAAUAUCUUGCUGAAACUGGACAAUAUACUCAGUUAAUGCAUGUCCUUUGUCAAAUGUAUCGUCAAAAUACUGGAAAAUCAGAUAAAAAAUAUAGACAAUGUUUGAAAACACUAAAUGAUCCAGGCAUAAAUGAUUUUUUGUUAAAAAUAAAAUCAUCAAAUGAAACGAUCGAAAAUAAAUCGACUUUCCCCAAGAAAUUCGUUAAAUUUAUCAAACAAGUUAAGGAAAUUAUGAAGCCACCUUAUUUGAAUAAAACGUUUAUUAUUUGUGUAUCAAUGUACGGUACUUCGUACUCACUUUCUCUGAUAAUGAUAUGGAUUCCCGAAAUUUUCGAAAGAUUUGCAAUGUUUGAAGAAAAGUAUCCUAACAUGACUGCAAGUGUUUGCGUUGUUUCAGAAAAACUUUAUUCGACAAACGCUACGCUAAACAAUGGUUUUGAUAGUCAUGCCUGUCCAUAUGAAAUAGACCAUACAGUCUAUUUACGUACAAUAAUGUUAUGCCUUGCAGCCAUACCCGCAGCAGUGUGGCUACCACUUUUUAUCGAUAGACUCGGAUAUAAAUUUUACCUCAUUUCAUCGAACUCAAUUAUUGGAUUUCUCUACAUCGGGUUAUUAUUUGUUAAAAAUUCAUCACAAAAUCUUAUUCUCUCUUGUUUUAUCAAUGCACUGGGAUUCGGUGAUUAUAUUAUUGAUUGUAUGUUAGUUGAUUUAUAUCCGACUCAUCUCAGAGUUAUUGCGUCUUCGCUCAUUGCGUUUGUUGGGUAUACAGGAAAUUUGAUUAGCAUUUUUAUGGUUGGUUACCUAAUCGAUAGUCAGUGUAUAUUAUUGAUAAUAAUAAUAAGUGCUCAUAUUGGAGUGGCAACUAUUUUUGCAAUUUUUAUUCCUACUGAAAAAAACAAAAUUAAACACAUGGUUUAAUGGAUGUUCAAAUAUUGUAUAUAGCAAACUAGGUGUGCUGUAAUUAAUAUUUAAUACAUUUUGUUAACCCUUAAUUACUGGCACGGGGUCAAAGCUGGCGCGAAUAAAUAUGUAAUUUUUUUUGUGCGACUAAUUUAGGGAAAAAAAAAACAUUCAAGUAUUAUAAUUAUUGAUAAUUCAAUUGUACUACAUGACUAUAAAUGAAAUUAUAAAUUUACUGCCAUUUUCCACACAAUAUUUGAUUUAUUUAUCUCGAUAAAUAUAUUCAACAUGAUAUUUACAGUGUAAAUAUAAAGUAUGUGUUUUAUUGCUUAUAUAAACUUUCUGUACACGAUACUCUAUAAUACAAAAUGGGGCAAAAUGACUACCCCAAAAUUUACCUGUAAACAAUUUUUUUUG